UAAAAUCAUUAAUAUAAAAAAUAUAAUGGAAAACUCUUCAGCAGCGGGUUUAUGUUUGGAGUGGAAACAUCUAAAUUAUUAUGUGCCAGCCAAAGAGCAGACAAAUUAUAGUUUUUGGCAAUCGUGUCAAACUCAAAAGGAAUUACAAAUAUUAAAUGAUGUUAGCGGUCAUAUGAAAACGGGAGAUCUGGUGGCAAUAUUGGGAUGCAGUGGCGCCGGUAAAACCACAUUGCUAGCAGCCAUAUCACAGCGUUUGCGCGGUAACUUAAGCGGCGAGAUUGUUGUAAAUGGUAUUGCGACGGAGCGAGCAGACAUGAUACGCAUCUCGAGUUUUCUGCCACAGUUUGAAAUCAAUGUACAGACAUUCACUGCCUACGAACAUUUGUAUUUUAUGUCCCAUUUUAAAAUGCAUCGCAAAACAACCAAAUUACAAAAGCACCAAAGGGUUAAUGAUCUUCUAUUAGCAGUGGGUCUAAGAGAUGUGGCCAAUACACGCAUUCAACAGCUGUCGGGUGGAGAACGUAAAAGGCUGAGUUUAGCAGAAGAGCUUAUUACCGAUCCCCCGUUUUUAUUUUGUGAUGAACCCACCACAGGUCUGGACAGUUAUAAUGCCUAUACAGUGGUCAAAACUCUACGACAUCUUUGUACCCGUCACCGUAUUGUGACUCCCUCGCUAACGGCUUUGUAUGGCGAAGAUUCCUAUACAUCGCCCAGCGAUAGCAGUAGUUCUCGCAGCAGUCCUCACAGUUCCAUUGAAAUGGAAACAUUAACUUCAGAUUUACCUAGUCUUGAGGCCUUAAAUAAUAGUCCCAAUGGCCGUUACAAAAAAGCCAUUAUAUGUUCCAUACAUCAACCAACUUCCGAUAUAUUUGAGUUAUUUACGCACAUUAUUUUGAUGGAUGCUGGUCGAAUUAUCUAUCAGGGUCGUACGGAAGAGGCAUUGGAGUUUUUUACCAGAUUAGACUAUGUUGUACCUCAAAACUGUAAUCCAGCUGAUUUUUAUCUGAAAACUAUUUCGGACAGUCACACAAAUCGUAAUGAUGGUAAAUUAAUUAAAGCCAAAUAUAGUCUACAAACAUCGGGUCUGUACAGCAGUAGUUGGUUGUUGCCGAAGCCAUAUAGUGGGGAGUAUUUGACGAAUAUAAAAAAUUUCAAAAAAAUCUGGUGGCCUUUUCAAGUGUAUUUGCUGCUCAAGAGAUUUGUAACCGAAGAUAGUCGCAAUAUGAAACAGGGUGUAAUAUCCAUGGGUUUCUUUAUGAUAACUUCCGUAACACUAGCCAUUAUGUAUUCCGGUGUACAAGGUCUCUCCCAAACUUCGAUACAAGAUAUUGGUGGUUCCAUUUUCAUGUUAAGUACAGAAAUGAUUUUUACAUUUUCUUAUGGUGUUACCUAUGUGUUUCCCUCGGCUCUGCCGAUAAUGCGUCGUGAAGUGGGAGAGGGCACUUACAGCUUGUCGGCCUAUUAUGUGGCAGUUGUGCUCUCAUUUAUACCCAUGGCUUUUUUCAAGAGUUUCGUAUUCUUUGCUGUAGUUUAUGGUUCCAUAUAUUUAGAUCGUGGUUUUAUGCUGUUUCUAACAAUGGGCUUGGUGUUGGCUCUUUCGGCAGUGGCUGCUACCGGUUAUGGUUUAUUUCUAUCGACCAUAUUUGAGACGGAAAAAAUGGCCUCCGAAUGUGCAGCACCAUUUGAUUUGCUAUUUCUGAUAUUUGGUGGUGCCUAUUAUAAUGUCGAUUCGAUACCGUUUUUAAAGUAUUUCUCCUUGUUCUUUUACUCCAAUGAGGCUUUAAUGUAUAAUUUUUGGAUAAAUGUUGAUAAAAUUGAUUGCCCCCUAAAUGAAGCUCAUCCCUGCAUAAAGAAUGGCUAUGAGGUUUUAGUGCGUGGCUCAUUUCGCAUAGCAGAUAACACUUAUUGGACCGAUUGUUUGGGUUUAAUAUUUGUAGCUGUAGUAUUUAAUGUAAUUGCAUAUUGUUUUGUUCGCAAAUAUGUCAGACGUAGUGGUUAUUAUUAAUUAAAUCCAUUUACUGUGUUCAUUUUCAUAUCAACUCAGAACUUUUUGUUUGUUUCAUAAACCGCACAUAUUUUAUUAUGCACAGAUUAAGACAAAUAAAUAAAUAUUACUAU